CAUCUUCGGGGAUAUCAUAUUCGUUACAGCCAAAUAAGACUGAUUCUAUUGUCAUAUUUUACCUGUCUCACUGAGCUGCUCCAGCCAUUGGCAAUAUGUCUUCCGUACUGGGCGAGCAUGCGGAUGGUCGUGCGACCGAUACCGAGGACGAGGAGGAGAUGCUUGACGCUGCUAUGAUGGCAUCCCGGCAAGGUCAGGGUGGGGCCGACGACGAUGAAGAUGGCGACGAAGGGUUCGAAGAGGAGUCCCUGAGCGAAAGCUGGGCGGACAGCGAUGGCGACGGAUCCGUCGGCGCGAGCAUCCUCAACGAACUCAGCGAGGAGUUGUCGGACUAUUCAGACACCGGCGGCCGUGAGGGGGUUGGGGGCCGUGGGAGCAUCGAGGAAGUGUUGCGGAGGAGGUGCAACCAGCAACAGGAGAAAAUUAGGAGGCUGAAGGGGGGGACAAUAAAGAUGAGAGGGGAGUACGAGCGGAAGGUUAGACUGCUACGAGCUCAGAUCAGAGAAAGUAAUGCCCGAAUCGCGGAUCUUACAGGAGAGCGCCCCCCUCCUCAACCUUGGCAAGAGCUACUUCGAGAUUACAUGAACGGCAACGUAGAGCUCAGCUAUAAAGAUAUUUACAGGGAGUGCUGCCGCCAAGAGAACAUGUCCGUGGGCGCCGACAGCGUCCACCCGGACCUGAGAGAGGUCCGCCCGCCACGGCAACGAUCACAGUCGCCGAGCCGAGCCGGCCGGUCGCCGAACCAUGCUGGUGAGCAGCGCGCGCUCUCUUCCGGGAUGAGCCAGCAGCUCCUGAGCAUUGUGCUGCCGGACAUUUCCGUGCGGCCGCAGCCACUCACGGGGCGCCUCCUCGGGCCACCGCGACCCUUCCCCUUCGAGCGCCUGCCUACGGAGCUGCAGGCGCGCAUCUUCGCGCUUGUGCUGGUGCGGCCGGGUCGCCUCGUGCACUGCCUGUCGCGGCUGGACCGGUGGGAGCCGCCGGCCGAGGGCGCGUUCCCGGCUGUCGACGGGGAAGAGCCGAUGGACCCGCACCGGCGCAGCUACCUGCCGACGGGCUUCCACAUCGGCGGCGUGUCGUCGUCGUCGUCGCCGACGGCGUGCGUGGUGGCGCGGGCGCGGCGCCCCGACGCCGUGCUGGCGCCGCUGCGCGUGUGCCGCCGCUGGUUGUUUGCCGGGGCCCACGCCUUCUACGGCGCCAACACCUUCGCCUUCAGCUCACUCGGGGAGUGGUACCGGUUCUGCGCCGGCGUGGGGCGCGCGCGCGUUGAGCGCCUCGUUCACGUCGAGAUCGCCUGGCGCGGCAGCCUCGGCUCGCUGCCCCCCGACGGCAAGCCGCAGGAGAUGGAGCCCGCGGCGCUGGACGACGAGGGCCGCGCUGCUCCGAAGAAGCCACGGCUCCGCGUCGCGCCCCGCACGAGGGGCCUCACGUGGCUCGCCCGCGCGCGUAGGCUACGCACCCUCGUCGUGCAUAUCGACGAGCGCGCGAGCAAGCGCAUGCGCCGGUCGUACGAGAUGCCGCCGCACGAGGAUCGCGAGCAAGACUACGUGAGCCAGGACCGGGGGCGCGAGUCGCCGGGCGGGGAGGGCGAGGCGGACGUGUUUGGGCUGAUGAUGCGGCGCACGGCGACGCAGGCCAACUGCCGCAAGUUUCGGUCGAUGCGGACGGUGCACGGGAUCGACUACGUGUACCAGCUGCGGGGGAUGCAGUGGGUGCGGUUCGAGGAGCGCGACCGCAAGGAGGCGCGGCCGCGGCAGGCGAUCCGCGACUGGUCCUUCCUGCGCGACGUUAACACGGUGGUGACGAUACCGAAGCCGCCCGGGCGCGCGCGCCGCUGCGAGCUCGAGAACCUUACGCCGCUGUCGGGCCUGGCCGGCUGGCGCCCGACCGACGAGGACUGGCGCCUCGUCAAGAUGUUCUACGACGAGACGCCCGCGGGCGCCGCGGCCCAGGCGCUGCCGCUGCCCGGAGACUUCGGCUCGAGCGAGCCCGAUAUGCAAUGGGACCUGGAGUCGCAAGGCCGUAGCCAAAGGUCCACGUCAAGGGCCCCGUCUCGACGUGCCCGCGACCGUGGGCGUCGUAGAGAUGCCAUGCCUGGUACGGAGGGCAGCGACGACGAUAGUGAGGAAAAUAGUAGCGGCAGCGGCGAUGAUGAUGAUUCGGAGAGCGACAGUGAUGAGGACUGGGACGAUCACCCAGUCAGGGGUCUUAGCCCCCCUGUUGAUGCCACCGGCAGUAAUCCCGGUGCAGGUCAAGCUUUCGAUUUGUUCGACUCUAACGACGAGAGUGAAGACCCGUCUCUCCGCGGGCCAAUCUUUGCUUUCGACCCGGACGAGUUUACGGAUUCCAGCGUCGAAAUGGACACGGAUAGUGACGAAGACGGCAAUAGCGGCGGAUACGGCAACCACGACGACUCCGUGUUCGAUAUUUCCCAAGGUCUAAAUACCCACCAAUCUACUCUGAACGCAACCACGAUCCCGUCGCUCGGACCCUCGCAGGAGCACAAUCGGGUCAUCGACAGAAUGGACGUCGACGACGACGAUAGCAAUCGGAGCAGUAGCAUGUUCGUGCCCUCUGGCUCGGGGCCGAGUCUUCGCGGCGCAGACGCGGGAGCCACGCCGGCCAACAGGAGUUCAACUAGCGGGUUAGUCCUGUCUUCGGGCUCGGGCCCGGGCUUGAGCCUAGGGGCGGGAAGUGGGAGUCGUGGCCCUAGUGUCAUGGUCGAUCUCACCCACGAGCCGACCGGCGACGAAGGCGGCGGCAGGGUGUCGCAUGCCUCGCGGUCUAGUUCGGGGGCCGAGGCCGUCGUCCAGUCCGAGGCGGGGAGUGUUACGAGGGAGUUCAUCGACCUGACAAUGUUUGACGAUGACGAAUCCGAUAGCGAUAUGAGCAGCGACUCGUCCGAUACUGACCCCAGUGUGAAAUACGACGAGAGCGAAGAGGGUGGUGAGUCAAGUGUUGAUCACGAUCCCAGCGACGGCGAUAAUUACAGAUCUCCUAGUCACGACCCCCCAUUCCUAUCGCCGUCGCCGGCACCCUCGUCCUCGUCCUCGUCGAAGCGCAGCCGGGGAAGUGGCGCCAGCUUCGCCUCUUCCUCUUCUGACGAUGGCGAUGAUGAGGCCCCGUCAUCGAAGCGCAACAGGCACGAAGGGCCGCACGAAUCCGGGUUUCUGUCGGCGCUCCCGGGCCGCCUGUCCGGCCUCUUCCGAAAAUAGGCGCCUGCUGCUAGAGGUCCCUUCCGAGCGCCUGAGUGGCAGUUGGCUCGAGCAUAUGGCAUUACCACGUCCACCGUACCUCGUCUCUAUUUCACUAAAGAUAACAGAUUGAUCUCUAGCCCCGUCGGGACGACAUGGAAGCCUACCUACCCACCUAGGUAACUACUCACCCACCCCGUCCCGGUUCCCCUAUUUUAACCCCCGCUAGCUAAGGCGGGCGCUCAUAGUGUCGCUGUUGACACAGCACUCGAAUUUCCUCGCAUUAAAGGCUGUUCUUAGGAGUCAGUCGAGCACGCAUUCGGAGACAUUGGGAGGACAGAGAGGGGGUCGGUGGUGGGGCUGCGCUGAUUUUUAGUAUUUUGUUUCGUAUGCAGUCCUCGGGUGGAAAUAAAGAGGAAGCUAGGUUAA